AUGCUCAGCCUGCAAGUAUCGCGGGUCCGCCUACCUCCACGGAAGGAAUACGUUGCCGCGCUGCAGGCUCGCGUGAAGACUCUUGAAGCCGAACUGGCCCUCGCACGCGAAUCCGGGUGGGGCGGCGAUUCUGGGUCCGUUGCAGGGACUGAGCCGCCGGCGUUCAACAACAAGGAUGACGUUGCGUCGCCCGAGUCCACGGCCAGCCACGGCACCUCCGGGACAUCGUCGGCGGCGAUCGAGGAAGUCACCGACAUCCUCGGGCGAUUUGCCAUCGGAGACGGGGGAGAGCUGUGCUAUUUCGGCUCUCGGAGCAACUUCAACCUCAUGAGGAGCUCGACAGUCCGCUCAACGUCCAACAUGGGCAUGCAACGCAGAGGCUACGAGGCGGCCGCGGCCCAGGUAGGGCUUGUCGAGGUGUCCCGGGAUCUUCAAUCGCAUCUUCUCCAUCUCUUUUGGAGCUGGCAAAACUCUUGGCAGUACAUCGUGUGCGAGGGUCCGUUUUUGCAGGAUCUCGGCAGUCAUCCAGACAGCCCCUUUGGACGGUUCUGCUCGCCUGCUCUCUUGUACGCCAUCCUGGCACUGGCUUCACGGUACACCGACGACAUACGCGUCAGGACCGAUCCCGAAGAUCCGCGGACGGCGGGAGAUGCCUUUGCGGCCCAGGCCCGGGUCAUGCUGCUCUACGAGUGUGAGACGCCAACCCCGACCACCGUCCAGGCCCUCGCCCUAACCUGUUUGCGCGAGAUGGCCCUCAACAAAGAGGCUCUCGGGUGGAUGUACUGCGGCAUGUGUGUGCGCAUGGCCAUCAACUUGGGAAUGCACCUAGACUGCUCCCCGUGUGUUUCGGAGGGGACUCUCAGUGCCGAAGAGGCCGAAGUGAGAAACGUCACAUGGUGGGGGUGCUACGUCCUGGACAAGCUCUUCAACAUCGGCCUGGGUAGGCCGUCCAUGAUACAAGCCCGGGACGUGACAGCCGAGCCACCCAACACCUGCUGCAUGGAGGAGCUUCGCCCGUGGCAAGCGACAGAUGUUCUGCCCAAUCCCAUCUUGGCUACUGCAUCUCAUAAUGUCACGAAUGCCAUCUACACCUGCAAACUUUUCACCCUCAUGGGCGAUAUUCUCGACUCCAUGUAA